AUGGCCCAAAUCCCGCUGGCUAGAGGCGCGAGCCGCAUGGUCCGUCAAAUACGAGGCUCUUCAGCAAGAUUGAGUACCGGAGGACUGGUAAGGAGCCUGGCAGUUCGUCAAUAUACACCGGUCACAUACCGGGCGGCCUCUUUGCCGACCUCGCGGUUCCUGUCCACCACCAGACCAUCACUUAAAGGUCUGUCCCCAGAGACCGACAAUCCACAACCGAAAGAGCCUGAACCUCAAAAUCUAGCAUCAGCGCCAGCUGACCUCACAAUGGAUGAAUAUCACAAGUUCAGCGAUCAGUACCUGGAGAGACUGGUGGACAAAUUUGAGGCUUUGCAGGAGCAGAAGGAUGAUAUUGAUUGCGAAUAUAGUGCUGGCAUUUUAACACUCGAAACCCCAAAUGGAAAGUACAUUAUCAACAAACAACCACCAAACAAGCAGAUCUGGCUGUCUGCGCCCGAAUCUGGUCCUAAGCGGUACGAUUUUGUUAUUGAAAGUGAGGGACAAGACGCAAAGGAGGGGACAGGAUCCGGAAAGUGGAUUUAUUUGCGAGAUGGAUCCAAUCUCAGUGACCUACUGCAAACCGAAAUAGGAGUGGACAUGUCUGAUAUGUAA